GCACAUAUAUACGAAUUUGUAAAUGAUGGCCGAGGACGAGAUGGCUGAUUUAGAGAGCGACCAAGCCUCGACCGAUCUGGAGGAGACCUUCAACAGAGCUGCUAAGUAUCUGCAAACGCUGGUGUCGGAACUGGAUUCGGGCCAGCUACUCGCGUUUUACGGUCUGUACAAGCAAGCAACCGUGGGUCCGUGUGACAUCCCGCGACCCAAUUGGUACCAGAUGCAGGCAAAGCAGAAGUGGGAGGCGUGGAAGAAUCUCGGGGACAUGAGUUGCGAGACCGCGAUGGCGAAUUACAUUCAAGGGAUCGCGAGGAUAAAUCCUAUAUGGGACGCCGAAGAGGUGAAAGGAGACGAAGCGUCAAAAUGGAUCGUCUUCAGCAAGCUGUCGUCCGGAAACGUGGAGUUGAACGACGAGGACAAGACGUUCCUGGACUGGAUCAAGGAGGGCAACGAGGCGAAGGUGCGAGAGCUCUUGAGCGGCGAACCCGCCCUUGCAAACACACCCGACGAGGAGGGCAUGCAUCCUAUACACUGGGCCGCAGAUCGCGGCUACCUCGAAAUCCUAGAUCACUUAAUUAAAAGCGGAGCAAAUAUUAAUUCACGAGAUCAGUACGGGCAGACGGCCCUUCACUACGUGGUAAGUUGCGAUCACGUGGACGCAGUCAAGUACUUGGUGUCGAUCGGCGCUCAAUCGAACAUAGCGGACAACGACGGUGUGACACCCAAAGAGAUCGCGAACGAACAAAUCGCAGCUCUUUUAUAAAUGCUAUACAUACAAGCUGUACUCUGCGUUUACAAUUGUUAAUGUCUGUUUGAAUAUAUUAAUAAAUUCAGUAUACCGAUAAUCUCGCAUGUAGAACUCAUCAAGUGCCUUAUAUUAAAUCAAUCCACUCGUUAUUCUAA